CCCAACUGACUGCCAACCAUCAUCAAAGGGAACUGCCCUCAGCAGCUCGCAUAUAGUCUUUCAAGCUCUCACGCUCAGAGAGAGUCGCCCAGGAUGAUGGACGAUCUCUCCUCCGCUUCCUCCUAUGCGACAUCAACAUGGGUAUCAUGGUUCCUUUCCGCAAAAGGCAACGAGUACUUCUGCGAAGUCGAUGAAGACUACAUUCUCGAUCGGUUCAACCUCACUGGUCUCAAUGCAGAGGUCCAACACUACCCGCAAGCGCUAGAUCUAGUCACUGAUGCAAUGGAGGAGGAGAUGGAUCAGGAGACGAGGGAUCACAUUGAGGCACAGGGGAGGUUGUUGUAUGGAUUGGUACACGCCAGAUACAUCAUUACGAGUAGGGGACUAGCAAAGAUGCUUGAGAAGUAUAAGAGGUCCGACUUUGGAAGAUGUCCACGAGUCCUCUGUUACUCCCAGCCACUACUGCCCCUCGGCCUGUCGGAUCUGCCGUUUCAAAAAGCCGUCAAGCUCUUCUGUCCACGUUGCGAGGACAUCUACAGUCCCAAAUCGUCCAGGCAUGGCACAAUCGAUGGAGCCUUCUUCGGUAGCAGCUUCCCCCAUCUUCUAUUCAUGGUAUACCCCCACAUGCUUCCCUCGAAGUCUCCAUCAUCCCAAUCACCCUUCCUCCUCCCACCUCCAAGCAACCACUCCAAUCAGCAACAACAGCAACACGGCGCUGCAGCAGGGCCAUCUGGCGCUCGGUCGGCACCAAGAUCUCGGUCAGGUACAGGCGAAGGCGGUGGAGGCGUCUUGGCAGUGGAAGAAGAUGGCGGCGAAGCGUCACCGAUGAGCGUAGAUCAGCGAUCGCAGGGUUCGGCAUCUGCUGAGCGCAACAAUGGCAGCAACAUGGUCCUCUCGCCAGCCGGUAGCAGUAUGGGGCCUGCCGCGGGGACAGCAAGCGGACAACAGGCUGCAGGCGGCGUCCUGCCUUCUCCCUCGCAACACUCGAACCAACCAUCUAGCGGAUCUGCAGCAGCCUCGUCAGCGAUGAGUGGCCCACCAAUUCACAAGGGUGUAGAACGAUAUAAGCCUCGCAUCUUUGGGUUUCCCGUACACGAAGUCGCCGUCCUGCAUCGUUGGCAGGAGCGUGUGGCAGAGCAGAUGCAGGUCAAUGUUGGAGCUGGACUCACAUCGACCAGCGGCGGUGGUGGUGGAGUGAGCAGCAAUGGCAAUGGAGGCGGACAACAAGCGGCUCAGCAACGUGGUGUUAGUGGUGGAGUAGGUCCACAUCAGGACGUGCCAGUCGCGGGACGGAGGUGAGAGGAGAUGGCGCUAUAUAGAUCCGGACGCUAGGCGAUGAGAUGAUCGGGAGGGGACUGGCGCCCGAGACAGCCUAGGGACAGAGGUAGGAUCUCACGCCACUCUGCUCGUACAACCAAGCUCAAGAAUGAGUGGUAUUCAACAGAGGCAGUGACCUCUCCAUCUCUACGAGAGGAAGUAGCCACAUCUGCCCUGAUACCGCUCUGCACCUGCACCUGCAAUCACCUCUCUUGCCUUCCAUUCUGUUUCCUUUUCCUGGUAUAAUGUCACAUUCAUACAUCUGUAAAACCAACAGGGCCGUGUGUGUAGGUGUGCUUAGGCGACAAUGAC